AUGCUAGAGGAGUUUUUGAGAAAGAAAAGAGAUUUUGAGGAUAUUAAAGGGAAAGAGAGUGAGAAGGAAACAGGGGGAGCAUUCCAAAAGAGUAGGAAGACACAAAGAUCGCCGGAAAGAAAUAUGAAGGAGGAUGGGGAGGGAAAAUUGGAGAGAAUGAUAAAGGAAAUGAUGAAAGAGACGAGAAUGAUGUGGAGAAAAGUGGAGGAGAGCUUGAGCAGUAUAAGAAAGGAGAUAGAGGAAAUUAUAAUGAAGGAGGAGGAUUGGAAGGUGGAGAGGGAGAGGUUAGAGGAAAGGAUAAUAACCUUGGAAAGGAAGAUGGAGGGAAGUGAAAGGGGAAGGGACAUGGGAGAAUUGGAAGGGUUGGAAAAAAGAAUCGGGAUGUUAGAAGUAGGGAUGGAAGGGGGUUCGGAGAGUGAAGGAACAAGGAUAAUAAGAAGAAUGGAAGAAAGGCUGGAGGAGAUGGAAAAGAAGAUGGAAAGAGUGGAUAGGGAAGAGAAAAAGAAUAAUAUAGUGAUGAAAGAGAUAAAGUUUGAUAAGGGGAAGGAAGUGGAACAAAUUGAGAAGGUCCUGAAAGAUAUUGCGGUAGAGGUGAAGGUGGGAGAAGUAAGAAGGUUGAGAACCGGAAAAGAGGAGUGA